AAUGGCGACCGAUAUUGGCGGUGUUGUGAAUGAGAUCGGGGUCCAUAUAGGCGAUGUGGCGCAACUUGUACCGGAUAUUGUUCAGUAUAAUCAACUAACUGCGACCAUAUUAUUAUCUGUCGCUGUCAUCGCCAGUAUAGCAUGUAUUGUUUUAUUUAUAUUCCUACAUAAAAUUAAAAGACAAGUUAUGGGACAGACUCCAGGUCCUGGCCAAACAAAGCCACGUUUUAGGAAAAGAGAUAAAGUUAUCUUCUAUGGAAGGCGAAUGUUGAGAAAGGUGAAGUCCAUCUCAGGGCCUAUCACCAGCACUAGAACAAAACUAAUGAAAAGGAAGAGGUUAAUUGGGGAUCUGAAGAGGUUACUGAGUAGGACAAAGGAGUCAGGUCCAGUGCUGCAGGAGAAAGAACCCCCGCCAGCAGUAUUAGAAGCAGAUUGGAGAGAAAUUCAACAAUCAGAACUUACUAUACCACCAGAAGUUAUUUAUAUGUUAAAAAGUGUCAGAGUGUUCGGCCAUUUUGAAAAGCCACUUUUUUUAGAAUUGUGCAGACAUAUGGAGACUAAGUUCAUCAUGGCCGGGUCUUAUCUUUUUCGUAAAGGUCAACCUGAUGACAGUAUCUAUGUAGUACAAAGUGGUAAACUUAGUGUAUAUAUUUCAGAAAAAGAUGGCUCUGAAUCAGUGAUGAAGGAAGUCUGUGCUGGUGACAGUGUGCACAGUCUACUCAGUGUAUUGGAUGUUAUAACAGGUCAUCCAGCACCGUAUAAAACUGUGUCAGCUCGUGCUGUAGUGGACACCACUAUUCUCAAGUUACCUGCCCAAGCAUUUUGUACUGUGUUUGAAAACUAUCCAGAAUCACUAGUUAGAGUUGUACAGAUCAUCGUUGUACGCUUACAGAGAGUGACUUUCAUGGCGUUACACAACUACCUUGGUCUGAGUAAUGAACUGAUCAACCCGGAAAACCAAAGCAACAAAGAUUUCUCUGUACAUAAUAUAUCACCAAAGACCAGUCCCACCAAAAGAUCACUCAAUCAAGAAUUGUCUGUGGAGAGUAUGGAGAAUGAGACAGUGACAGAAAUAAUUGAUUUUGACCAAGAUUAUCUACCGGAAAUCAGUCCAAGCAAAAGUCAACAUGAUGCGGUGAUAAGUGACAGUCCUCUUAAAGGGAGCAUGACUUAUAUGGCUGAACUGCUUGAUACACAACAACGAAGAUCUCGGAGUUCCUCGUUACCAGCAGGUGCAAGAAGACCACCUCUUGAACAUAGUGGUAGAGCCAGUUCAUUGGAUCGGGACAGCGCCACAAGUUUGGGUACCUCUCCUUCAGAUUUUGAUGCAGUGGUAGGCCAGGCUAGAGUACAGGGUUUUGACGACAAAGUGUUGUUUGUUGCAUCGUCACCGUCCAAUGAGGAAUUGGAUGAAAUACAACCUGAAGUAACGUCUUCUAAGAGUCGUCCAGAUACGCUAUUCUCUUCAGAAAAGAUAAACAAGAAAGAGAAAAAAGUAGUGUUUCCAAAACAGGAAGAGAAACUGACUCCAGAUGAUGAUGAGAUAUUACAAAUGGCUAUCAAUGAUUUGACGGUUCUACUCGGAUUAGAGGAUGAUUCUUUGUUGAAAAGUAAAGUGAGUUUAGUCCGUGUAUCUGCAGGAAAGUAUCUGACAAGAGAAGGUGACCAGGAUUGUAGUCUGUAUUUCGUUGUGACGGGCUGUCUUGGAAUGCACCAAAAGAGAGUGGGAAUCAAAGGAGAGGAGAACACUGUGUUUAUUGCACAUCCUGGUGAGCUGGUUGGUACCAUUGCUGUGCUGACAGGCGAACCUUCUUUCUUUACUAUCCGUGCAAGAAAAGACUCUAGGGUGGUGGUUGUCUCAAAAACUAAUUUCUACAGUAUAAUGAGAGCUAGCCCUAGAGUGGUGCUGAAUGUAGCACACAGUAUUGUACGAAGACUUUCACCGUUUGUUAGACAGAUUGAUUUUGCUCUAGAUUGGAUGCAUCUUGAGGCUGGUAGAGCUGUAUUCAGACAAGAUGACGAAUCUGAUUGCACGUAUAUUAUACUGAAUGGCCGUUUGAGAUCUGUCGCCACCUUGGAAAAUGGUAAAAAGGAAUUGGUAGGGGAGUAUGGUAGGGGAGAUCUAGUUGGUAUUGUGGAAGUUUUAACACAAAGUAAACGGGUCACCACAGUACAUGCAGUGAGAGACACUGAGCUUGCCAAGGUACCGGAAGGUCUUCUGAACACCAUCAAACGGAAAUAUCCACAAGUAGUGACCAGGUUGAUUCAUUUACUGGGUCAAAGAAUCCUGGGAACCAUCACUGGCAAAUCGCUGGGUGGGUUUAGAUUGACAGAUCCACUGCGUUUCUCAGAACGUCCGAGUGCUAGCACCCUGUCUAAUCUAUCCACGGUAGCAGUGCUUCCUGUAUCCAGUGAUGUACCGUUGUCCAGUUUUACUGUUGAGUUAGAGCAUGCUCUGUGCUCCAUUGGUACAACACUGAGACUGACGAGUGAACACAUAAGAGAUAGAUUGGGAAGUGCUGCUCUAGACAGUAUAAAUGAGUUUCGACUUGCUAGCUGGCUUGCACAGCAAGAGGAUAUUCAUCGUAUUACUCUAUACCAAGCUGACUUCAGAAUGACGCCAUGGACGCUGAGGUGUAUUAGACAGGCGGACUCUAUUCUAAUUGUGGGGCUAGCUGACAAGGAUCCAAACAUUGUUGGAGACAGUGAAAAGCAGCUUGAGACUUUGGCUGUGAGGGCGCAGAAAGAACUGGUCUUACUGCACAAGGAAGUGAAUGGUUCCUACAAAGAACCACGCAGAACAGUAGAGUGGUUGAAUACUAGGGGGUGGGUUUCAUCACAUCAUCACAUCAGGUGCCCCAAGAGAAUAUUUUCAAAACGGUCAGCCCAAAAACGUCAAGACAUGUACAAAAAAUUGUUUGAGAGACCACCAGACAGACAUUCAGACUUCUCCAGGCUGGCCAGGUUUUUGACUGGUACCUCUAUAGGACUGGUAUUAGGUGGUGGUGGAGCUAGAGGCUCUUCCGAAGUUGGAAUCAUGAAAGCCAUGGAGGAGAAUUCCAUACCAAUUGAUAUUAUUGGCGGAACCAGUAUUGGCUCAUUUGUGGGUGCUCUCUAUGCAGAUGAGGUCAAUGCAGAUGCUGUCAGUCGACGAGCCAAAGAAUGGUGCAAAGAAAUGGGUACAUACUGGAGUAAAAUAUUAGAUUUGACUUACCCUGUUACAGCUAUGUUUACUGGGGGAAGCUUUAAUCGGUCUAUAGAAGAUGUCUUCCGUAAUAAACAAAUAGAAGAUCUUUGGCUUCCUUUCUUUGUUAUAAGUACAGACAUAUCCAGCUCCAGUAUGAGAGUACAUACUAGUGGUUCUUUAUGGCGAUAUGUUAGAGCCAGUAUGUCAUUAUCUGGUUACUUACCUCCUCUGUGUGACCCUAAAGAUGGCCAUCUUUUAUUGGACGGUGGAUAUGUCAAUAAUUUACCUGCUGACGUCAUGAAAUCUAUGGGUGCACAGACUAUCAUAGCGGUGGAUGUCGGCAGUCAGGAUGUGACUCAUCUAACCAACUAUGGGGACACACUAUCAGGAUGGUGGUUGCUAUGGAAAAGAUGGAAUCCCUGGGCUAGCGCUGUUAGGGUGCCUGAUAUGACUGAGAUACAGAGCAGAUUAGCGUAUGUCUCGUGUGUCAGACAUCUUGAAGAGCUGAAGAAUAGUAGGAUGUGUGAAUAUAUAAGACCACCAAUUGACAGGUUUAAAACUCUAGAGUUUAAUAGAUUUGAUGAGAUCAAAGAAGUUGGAUACCAACACGGAAUGACAGUGUUCAGUGGCUGGCAGAAAGGUAAAUCUUGCGGGAUAUGUUCAAAGAAAAGGAGAAAGAGAGAGCAGUUACAGGAUGAAGACUAUCAACUAUACCUUAAUUUGAGAGGAGUCAAAGAUUGGAGAAAUACCAGAACUUCAGAUGAGUCUGAUGAUACAGAGACAACUGUGUGGACACCAAAAAGAGCAGCGAGUGAUAUUUAUUAUUACUGA